UCGUUCGCGCAACACGAAGCGCGUCAAUACAGCUUCAAAACAUGCGUUCUAUACUUCCCUAUCUAUUAAUACUUGCCGCUUGCAACGCCUCAAUUGACGAUUACAAAGCACAGAGAGCAAAGAUCGUACGAGAUGAAGCCCUCUUAUCUGUUGGGGGAAACUCGACGCUCACAGAUAAAGAAUCAGACGUCAACAACUGUCUAAUGCAACGCAAGUUUCGCGAAGUGGACUACGGUUUCAACAAUCCGCAAUCGUAUGAAUUCUCCCGACAUUUCUUCUCGUACAAGAACAGCAUCCGCCAUUCAAAAGUUUACCAAAUUAUCAAAGAACUACCUAAAGGGGCAGCGUUACACAUUCACGAUAUGGGAAUCGCUGGGCCGGAUUAUGUUUUAAACUUAACAUACACCGACAGUCUUUACAUGUGUUACGAUAAAGAUGACGUACUGUUUAAGUUUUCUGAUAAAACACCGUCAAUAUCCUGCACAAAUAAAUGGAAUUUAAUCAGUGACGUCAGACGGUCAUCGAAUAACACGGCCGCCUUUGACGCCAAGUUACGCAAAUAUUUCACGAUGUAUGUAGACAACCCCGACGUUGUAUACCCAAGCAUUAAAGAGUCUUGGGGCACUUUUAUGAAAUAUUUUGGAAGAGUUAACCCAAUUAUAACAUACAGACCGAUAUGGGAACAAUAUUGUUAUGAGGUCCUCAGAAAAUUUCGGGAAGACAAUGUAAUGUACGUGGAAUUCAGGAGUAUACUUCCAAGUUUGUAUGAGUUGGAUGGGACGGUUUAUAAUCCUUUAAUAACUGCAAAAUCCUACAAAAAGACAUUUGAUAAAUUCAAAAAAGACUAUCCCGACUUUAUAGGAGCGAAGCUUAUUUACGCUCCGGCAAGGGGAAUCAACAGAGACAAGUUGGAUGAAUAUUUGCGAUUAGCUCGAGCCAUAAAAGCUGAUAUGCCGGAGGUAUUUGCAGGAUUUGAUCUGGUUGGUCAAGAGGAUUUGGGCAACCCUCUAAUAGACUUUAUACCACAGCUGCUUGCUGCUUCCAAAGAUUUGGAUUAUUUCUUUCAUGCCGGAGAAACUGAUUGGUAUGGAACAACUACAGAUGAAAACUUAAUUGAUGCCAUUCUUUUGGGAGCGAAAAGAUUGGGUCACGCUUACGCCUUGCCUAAACAUCCAUUGCUGAUGAAAAAAGUUAUUGAGAAAGGAAUAGGCGUGGAAGUGAACGUUAUAUCUAAUAAUGUGUUAUCUUUGGUAAAAGAUGUACGUAAUCAUCCGUUGAGUAGUUUCUUGGCUAACGGUAUGCCAGUAGUGCUGUCAAGUGAUGAUCCGGGUAUUUGGGAAGCUGAUCCGUUGUCCGAUGACUUUUAUGUGGCUUUUGUCGGUGUCGCUAGUCGCCUAGCUGAUUUGAGAUUGCUAAAACAACUUGCGUUUAAUUCUAUAAAGUAUAGUGCUUUGAAGGGUAGUGCUAAAAUGAACGCAAUACAUAAAUUUACACAACGUUGGGAUACAUUUAUAGAUAAUUUCAACUGUUCCAAGUACUGAGUAUAUAUAUAUAAAUAUUUUUAGAGCAAGAAGUGUGUUAUUUCUUCUUUGACAUAUCGCUUAUUUGUGAUAUUGAUGACUUGCAUACAUUCCAAAACAAAAAGGACUGCACAAAACGUCACAUUUUCUUUCCUUCCCUUAGGUUUCAUAUAUUUUCAAUAAACGUCCUCAUUUUGUUUCA